GACUUCGUCCUUUAGUAGAACCUACGAGAAGUAGUAGUGUCGCGGAAAAACAAACAAAUAUUGGUUACUGUGGCGAAAUAUUUUUAAAAAAAUUAUUCUUCUAAACAACAGAGCAACUAAGGACACAAAUUAAAUCAAAAUAAAAUCGGUAAAUUGAGCAAAUUGUGUUAAGGAAAACGUCACAUUUAUCCACAGAUGUUACCAGGCAAUGUGAGCGAAUGAAAGCGUAGUAAAUGUACAAACGGGACAGUGCUAUAGUUGCGAAUUUGCCAUCAGCUGUCAAAUGCUAAACGUCAUUCUUUUCGGUUUUCGGUGUGUGUUUGGCUGAUUUUCGUCGUUUGUGUUGAUUGACAGUGACAAACCAAAAUUUUUUGGAAAUACAAAUACAACAGUUGAAAUUUUGACAAUACUAAAGGAAAGGAAAACUGGAAGAAAAUGCUUAUAAAUCUAAAAGUGAAAACUUUGGAUUCCCAGACCCAUGAAUUCAGCAUUGACAAUGAGAUCACAGUGCGUGAAUUCAAGGAUAAAGUGGCAGAGAAGACAAAUAUUGCUGCCGAUCAGCAGCGUAUUAUAUAUUGUGGUCGUGUUAUGGUCGACGACAAACAAUUGAAGGAAUAUGACGUUGAUGGUAAAGUAGUACAUGUAGCUGAGAGACCUCCUCCGUCUCAACGACUGGCUACCUCCGAUUCAUCUGGCUCCAAUACUACAAGCACGACAAAUGAACGUCGAACCCGUGGCAGAACUGGUGCUGGUGGUAUGCGCAAUUCGCCUUUGUUCCGGGCCUUGGAUGGAAUGGUAGUCGGUACUAUGGCUUUCCCAGUAAAUGCAAAUGGCAAUGGACAAACUCCUGUAAAUCCAUUGGCUGUAUCAUCGUCGUUCUGCAUGAAUCGUAUUACUGUGGCCCGUCACAUGCUUGACUGUGCAAAUAAUAUCGCCGCCUAUUUGGAAGAUCCAUCCAGGGGCUUAAACAAUCAAUCUCUUGAUAUAUUGGCACGUGGCCGUUGGACUAUGGAAUCAACUGUGGUCGAAGUAGGUAUAACAUCGGAUAUACCACAGAGUCAACAGAUUGUGGAAAUGGUACAGGGGGCUGUGCAAGCUGCUUUGCGUCGCAGUGGGAAUACAAAUCUAACACUGGUACAAUUGCCCACCGUGUUUAACGCUGGCGAAAGUGAUACUAAUAAUGCUACAGGCACAGCCGCCACUAAUGCAACCAGCACAGAUACCACAGAACAAACAACACCUGCUGCAUCAGUGGUCAUUGAGGAUAUCGAUGAAGAUGACGAUGAUGAUACCCCAACGAAUGAGCAAAAUAAUACUUCUACCACCACUCAGACCGCCACAGCAGAUGCCAACAACUCUGCUGCCAAUGAAGAGAAUGCAGCCUCAGGCAGCGCCGAUGGUUCAGAUGACAAUAAUGGUGAUACGUCUCGACGCCGUACAGGAACAAGGGUGCUUGCAAACGUAAUUGAACAAAUGCGUCAAGUUCAGGCUAGACUGAAUCCAUUUGUAGAUCAAUACUAUGAAUUGUUGCAGAGUGACCAGACGUUUGAGGAAAGUGACACAACUGGUCGUGAAAAUGCUCAACGUUUAUUUGAUCGCGUUUCUGAAGCAUUCCACUAUUUAUCACAUGCUCAGCAUGCAAUUUCUGAUUUAAUGUUGGAUGUUUCCCAAGCUGCGCCCAGAUAUUUAACAUGUCGUCCCAUAUUAGUAGAACAAAGUGGUUAUGUUAGUUCUAACAAUUUCAUUACACCCGCUAUGUUUCCAGCUGCAUUGCGCCAAAAUCAACAAGCUACUCGUAGUACUACAGCAACUAAUAACACAGCGACUUCGUCGACACCUAAUACUACGGGUGCAUCGAAUACAACAGCUUCGUCAGCAUCAACUUCCAAUACUUCGUCUGCUACUGGGGCAGAAUCAAAUAAUGCUACAGUCGAUGAUCCAGUUGAUGAUCCUGUCAUCUGGCCAACACCCAUUAAUUUGGGUGCUUCAACAAAUGAUAAUAAUGCAAACAAUGCGAAUAAUGCUGCUGGUCGUGCACCAGCUCAAGGUGGUACUCUAGAAAUUGUUUUACAACCUACACGAGCCUAUUAUUUAGAACGCAAUUUCCAACGUCAAGUAGCACGCUUGCUGCAAAAUGUAGUUAGUGCAGCUCCAUUCGAUACAGAAUUUCAUGUUCACAUUAAUAGUCCAAAUGUUGUAUCAAUUGAUGUUCCCAUUGGCGGAACUAAUGCCAGUGCUCCUGCUCCAACUGCUUCUGGUGCAACCACAGAAAAUGCCGCACCAACAACAACAUCGACAGCCAGCAAUGAUAAUGCCACAGCAACAACAGCAAACUCAACAUCGUCCACAACAGGAAAUAAUGCUAAUCCUGCUCGUGUAACCACGGCUACAUUACCAACAACUUCAACACAAACGCGUUCGACAUCGCGUCCCCAAGUACACAUUGGCAAUAUACCCGUAUUGGGUAUGCCACCUGCUUGGAAUGGUCGAGUCCUGCCAGCAAAUAAUGUUUCGUCAUUUGACCGUUUCUUGCCAUGCAACAGUCAUCAUGUACGAGACCAUCAAGCUAAUGCUAAUAACGAAAAUACUGGCAGAAAUCCUAAUCAAAAUAACGCAAAUACAUCUGGAUCGGUCGGCGCUAAUCGCAAUAGAGCAAAUAUUAUUACACGUCGCCGUAAUAUGUCUGAAAUGAUACAACGUGCACGUCGUGCCAUUGCAGCUCGUACAGUUGGCUCAACAAUCACAGAUCCGCUAGCAGCACGAGCAAACUCCAGUAGUGCAUCUUCAUCUUCAGGCAACAGUCUACUGUAUCAGCUACGUAAUCGUAAUAAUGGAGCUUCCUCUAGCGAAGCCCGCAGGCUAAAUAUACAUAGCCAGUUGAUGACAUUUAUUGAGAAUCAAAUGUUUAAAGGCGAACCUAUAAAUGAAGAAAACAUGACUCCAGCCAUCAAUCGUGCUGUCCAAUGGUUUGGUGAAUCUCUUCUGUAUUUACCGCAAUAUGAAAAGCCCGAAUACGAUUCAAGGGAUUCACUCUUCAAUAUUCUACGAGCAACUUUGCCAAUUGUAAUUAAUCUAAUGAACAAGAAUCCAGUGAAUUUAGUCGAUUUCGAGCAAAAACUUCGAAAGAUAUGUGAGGAAUUUCGAAAACGCUUGUACAGUGUCCUGAUCGUGUGUAUUGGACGUGCUAAUGCAGACAUCUAUUGGGGUCAACUGAUGCGCUUACUAUGUGUUUCUAUACAAACAAAUUUCGAUGGGGAAGUUGUGGAAUUUUUAACUCUUUAUUUGAGUCCUAAUAUACCAAGUAGUUCCGAUGAAAAUGAUGCCCAACAAUUUAUUGUACAUCGAAGUUCAGCCAACAACAGUAGUAAUAGUGUACCCUUGCCAAUGGAUACCGAUGACGAAAUGGCCGAUGUGGCUGGUACUUCUCAGACUGAAGUUGAUGAUGAACCCCUACCAGCAGUUGUAGCAGGCUCAGCUCCAUGGCAUCGUAAUUUCCCCAAUGAUUGGUUGCCCAUUAUAACGCGUGAUAUACAAAGACAAGCAGAGAACACGCAAAAUCAACCACCCUAUUCAGAUGCUUACAUAUCAGGCAUGUCAUCGAAACGAAGAAAAUUGAUCCAGCAUACAAAACCUCCCACAGAAAUUAGAGCCUUAAUAGCCGACAGUGUUGGAAAAGCUAUACAGAAUGCCGGAGUUGGGUCAUCAACUUCAGCCAAUCAAUCACAGACGCCCGAUGACAUUUCACUAGCAAUUGCUAACGACUCAGCUGUACAGUCCAUCUGCACUGAAGCCAUUCGUACACAAGUGCGUGAGCGACUCAAGAAGGAUCCCGACUUUGAACCCGAAAAAUAUCCCAAAUCUGCAAAAUUUAUACAAAAAUAAUAAACUAAAAACAUCACCUCCUUUUAUUAAAACCAUGCAUCCCCGACAUAGUGUAAUCACAUAAUAAUAUCUUUAAAACACACAUACACACACAUAAAUUGAGCAUAAAUGGAUAUAUAUAUAUCGAUAGGUUCAUAAGCUAUUUGUGUAAAGAAUAUUAACCAUUGCAUUGGCUUUAAACUUUCAAAUUCAAAGUGUGAUCUUUACAAAAGAAAUAAAGAGUUUUAACUAAAGGAAAGCUUGGCAAUUGUAAUGGUUUCACUUACAUAUGUAUUUUAAAUUGUUUUCUUUUUUUCAUACUUAGGGGCUAAUUUGUAUGUAAUUGAUUGAUAUGAAAAAAAAUUAAUGGAAAUUAUUGCGUCUUUUCUUUGAUAACAGAAAUGUUGAUUUAAUUAAAACAUUCACCAUAUUUUUUUGUUUAAGUUAGUUUAUUUAAUUAUGAAUUUGUUUAAUUUUGAAUUGUGUAAUUUCGUUUUGUGCAAGUGAUGAAAAACACCCAACACAUAUAUACGAAUUGAUAUUUAACUACAUAAAAAAGGAAAAAUGUUUUUAAACAAUAUGGAAACAAAAAGAAAAA